CUGGAAAACGAAUAGAAUUUCACAGCGCAGCAGAAGAAAGAAACACAGAGACACAAACAGAGUCCAUUGUUUCCAUUCCCUUCCCUUUCUUCUCUUCCUUGUCAGUUUUCCCCAUACACAGUUUUCCAGAUUCCAAAACCCUUUUCGUUCUCAUCCACCCCCACCCACCCUUUAUAAUAUAAAACCAAUCAACAAAAAGCCAAACCCAAACCCGCGUCCUCUUCGCUUUUGGCUUUAUUAAUACUCCCCCAGAUUGAUUUUGGGUCCAGAACAACCAAGAUCAAGAACCCUUCAAUCUCUUUGUGAUUAUGGGUUCGUCGUCUGCUCAGCUCCGCCUCAUGUCCGAUCUCAAAACCAUCAUUAACGAGCCCCCGGAGGGUUGCAGCGCGAGUCCUAUGUCCGAUGAUAACCUGUUCGUGUGGAGCGCGACUAUAUUUGGACCUGAUGAGACUCCAUGGGAAGGUGGUGUGUUCAGUUUGCGGUUGACAUUUAGUGAGCGAUAUCCGGAAAAGCCGCCGCGUGUCCGAUUCACGUCCGAGAUGUUCCAUCCGAAUGUUUACCAUGAUGGCGCACUGUGCAUGGAUAUAAUUCAGGAUGCAUGGUCACCCUGCCACAACGUAUCAACAAUUUUAACAUCUGUUCAAUCACUUCUCACUGAUCCAAAUCCUUCAAGUCCUGCAAACCCUGAGGCUGCUCAACUGUAUCAACAUGACAUAAAAGCUUACAACAAGAGGGUACGCCGCUGUGCUCGCAAUUCCAUCGAAUCUUAGUUCCUGAGCACAAUUCCAUCGAAUCUUAGUUCCUGUUUACAAUUUGCUCUGAUAUUUUUUAACUCCUAUUUAGGAGAAGGCUUUAGGUUGGCUGAAUACCCAUCUACAGCUAGUGUAUCUCCCUCUUCUGAAAUGUAAUCACAUAGACAAGUUAUGUCGAUAUUACACAGAAAAAACAUGAUUCGGUGUCAUUUGUGGAACUCAAAGAGUUCCAAAGAUAAUAAUGCAAUCUCUAAUGUUGGAGUAUGGGGAAA